AUGCAGCCGGCGAAAAUUGUUCAGCAAAGGAACAGCGGGUUGAACGCUAGAAAAUGUGAGCGAUGUCGUAUUGCUUUGAAAGCCGAAGAAGAUUUCUUUAUUGUCGACUCUACUAAUUGGCAUGUCGAAUGUUUCAUGUGCGCACAGUGUAUGAUUCCGAUAGCGCAUGAAACAUUCUUCCAAAUCGGCAAUCGAUUGUACUGCGAGCAUGAUUUUCGAGCACUGUACUCGCCGAUUUGCUCGGUUUGUGACGAUUUCAUUGAUGGUCAAGUCAUUCGCGCGCUGAAUUCCAGCUUUCAUCCGAAAUGCUUCCGAUGCGAAUUCUGCGAUGGUUCGCUGUCGGAAGGUAUUUACAGGAAUGCCGGAAAAAUGAUAUGUUUCACCUGUAAUCAGUUGAUGCCCAAGGCGAAAAUCUAUAAUUGCAAAAAAUGUCAUCAAACGGUGGAUGACGAGGAUUUGUUGUUGAUCGAAUUCGACCCCUACCAUGCCUAUCACUUCAAUUGCACAAAUUGCGACGAGACAUUGACGAAUGAAGCGCGUCAGGCGAACAAGAAAUUGUUGUGCAAAAGAUGCUACGAUUUUCAGUGCGAGAUUUGUUUUGCGUGCAAAACGCCGAUCGAUCCGCUAAUUGAGAGAUCAACACUUGCCAUGGGCAAACAUUGGCACGUUGAGCAUUUUCGAUGCUCGAUUUGCGGAGUGCCAUUCCAUGGAAAAGAUUAUUUUGAGAAGAAUCAACAGCCAUAUUGUCGAAGUGAUUUUGCGGCGAUAACUGGAAUGAAAUGCUUCUAUUGCAAUUCGAUUCCGAAAGAGGAUGUGAUGAUUGACUAUUUUGGGAAGAAAUUCUGCAGGGGUUGCUAUCGAUGUAGAUUUUGUGACAAGCUUUUGAAAUAUAAAGAUAAAGUCGCUGAAUUUGACAUGUUGCCGGUUUGCAAGAAGUGCAUUGGCGGAAAGAACUUCCAGAAAAUGCUCAAAGAGCACAAAACUAGAUAA